AUGCCGAUUAUUGCUUGUUAUGAAGAAUUUGAUUUAAAUCAGAUUGUCGUUCAAGAUUAUAUUGAUCUUAUUCAAAAAUGUUUAUCAUCACAAAAAAAUAUUACAAUCAAAUUCAAGGGUAUAACUGCAUCACCAUCGUGUAUUAUGAUUCAAGGAUUUCCACAACAGCAAGUUCUCGAUGAACUUCGAAAUGAUAUGAGAACAGUAUUUAAAGCUUCUCCACUUCAGCAAAGUAUAGAUAAACGAUAUUCUCUUCAAACAGCUCAUAUUACUGUGGUUCGAUUUAGAAAACCUUUUACGGCAAAAGAAGAAUUUUUAAAAAUACUUGAAAAUUUCAAAGAUUAUGAUUUUGGUGAGACAACAAUAAAUGAAUUAGAAUUGGUUCACAACGACUGGUAUCUAAGAGACAAUUUUGUGAAAAGAUUAUUUCGAUUCAAAGUUUAA